AUGGACAUGCAGGUUGGAGGUGACCUCUGCUUCCCACAUCUCUUCAACACCUCCUGCAAGAAACCUAUAUCUUCUUGGACUGAAACUGUGCUCCUUCGCACCGUACUGUCCUUCAUCUCUCUGCUCACUGUGGCUCUCAACCUGCUCGUCAUCAUCUCUGUCUCUCACUUCAGGAAGCUCCACACACCCACUAACAUCCUCCUCCUCUCUCUGGCUGUGUCAGAUUUCCUUGUGGGGCUCCUGUUGAUGCCGGGUGAAAUCAUGCGGAACACAGCCUGUUGGUUUUUUGGCGACCUCAUGUGUUCCUUGUAUAAUUACAUAUCAUACAUCGUCACCUCUGCUUCAGUUGGCGACAUGGUGCUCAUAUCAGUGGACCGCUACGUGGCGAUUUGUGACCCCCUUCAUUACUCCACCACAGUCACAGAGAGAAAAGUUAAAGUCUGCGUGUGUCUCUGCUGGCUCAGCUCUGCUCUGUACAGCAGCGUCAUUGUGAAGGCUGACUUAACUCAGCCGGGGCAACAUAACUCCUGCUAUGGGGAAUGUGUGAUUGUGGUUGACUACAUUUUGGGAACGUUUGACCUUGUUGUUACAUUUAUUGCUCCAGUUGCAGUCAUCAUUGUGCUGUACAUGAGGGUGUUUGUGGUGGCCGUCUCUCAGGCCCGUGCCAUGCGCUCUCAGGUCGCGGCUGUUUCCCUUCAGCUCUCGGUUAGUCUGACGAGGAAAUCUGAGCUAAAAGCAGCCUGGACCCUGGGGGUUCUGAUGGUGGUGUUCCUCAUAUGUUUCUGUCCGUAUUACUGUGUCACCCUUGCAGGUGAUGACAUUAUCAACUCGUCUGCGUCCUAUGUGAUAUUUCUGUUUUAUUUCAACUCUAGUCUGAACCCAGUGAUUUAUGCGUUGUUUUAUCCCUGGUUCAGGAGAGCUACCAAACUCAUCAUCACUUUUCAGAUACUGCAGCCCGGCUCCUGUGAGGCCAACAUACAGUAA